CACCACACGUCACUACACAACCUCACUCUACAGCUCUACUCAAGAGGUUACCAAUUACAUCGUGACAAGCAUACGGACCGAUCCCGCACUCGAACAUAAUUUCUAGAAUGCCACACUCUCUAUCACCCGAGGUUGAUAACCGCGACAAUUCUACCGAAGAGACCAUGGAGGUCACCCCAGUAAAUAACGGAGAUAAUCUGGCUGGUGAGGACGACAUUGUGAUGACGGAAAUAGACGUUGCGCUAGCCGCUGCCAGCGAGGAGAACAAAGAUGAGGUCAAAUUGGAAGAUUUAUUCGCGGAUGUCGACUCGGAUGACGAAUUUCCUAGCUCGCGGCCCCGGGGGCAAGACAACUUGACGAGCUCCUCUCCUCAGGCCGCAGCGUCGCCAAUAGGCGUAAGCGUAGCCUCUAUGAAAGCGUCCGACCCCCAACUCAUGCGGAUAUUCUACCAACGAUUCUUCCCGUGGCGCUAUCUCUUCCAGUGGCUUAACCACAGCCCGACGCCCACCAACGACUUCGCGCACCGCGAGUUCGCCUUCACGCUACAGAACGAUGCGUACCUACGGUACCAGUCCUUUAUGAGCGCCGACAUGCUUCGCAAGGACGUGAUCCGGCUGCUGCCGAGCCGUUUCGAGAUCGGGCCGGUGUACACGACAAACCCGCGCGACCGCAAGACGCUGCGGAACUCGAGCGCCUUCAAGCCGCUAGCGAAAGAGCUCUGCUUCGAUAUCGAUCUCACGGACUACGACGAAAUCCGGACGUGCUGUGACAAGGCCAACAUCUGCCACCGGUGCUGGGCAUUCAUCACGAUGGCUAUCAAGGUCGUCGACGUCGCGCUGCGCGAGGACUUCGGCUUCAAGCACAUCCUGUGGGUCUACUCGGGUCGGAGAGGCGCGCACGCCUGGGUGUGCGACAAGAAGGCGCGGACGAUGGACGACCAGAAGCGCAGGGCUAUCGCCGGGUACUUUGAGGUCAUCCGCGGCGGUGCGCAGAGCGGCAAGAAGGUCAACUUGUGGCGGCCGCUGCAUCCUCAUGUCAGCCGGAGUUUAGACAUCCUGGCGCCGCACUUCCAGGCGGAUGUGCUCGAGGCACAGGACCCGUGGUCGUCGGUGGAGCGGUCGGAGCGGCUGCUGGCGCUGCUGCCGGACCGGUCGCUGAACGAGGCCCUGCGACAGAAGUGGGACUCGUCGCCGGGACGGGCGAGCGUGUCCAAGUGGGCGGACAUCGACACGCUGGCCAAGUCGGGGGCAAGCAAGAAGCUGGACGCGCAGGCGCUGCUCGAGGCGAAGCAGGACGUCGUGCUCGAGUACACGUACCCGCGGCUCGACAUCGAGGUCAGCAAGAAGCUCAACCAUCUGCUCAAGUCGCCGUUCGUUGUGCACCCGGGAACGGGCCGCGUCUGCGUGCCGAUCGACGCCCGCCGCCUCGAAGACUUCGACCCGCUCGGCGUGCCUACCAUCCAGGGCCUGCUCCAGGAAGUGGACGAGAUGGACGUUAAGGCCAAGGAGGAGGGGGGCGAGAAGGGAGAGAAGGCCGCCCCCCUCCAGGACUGGGAGAGGACGAGCCUCAAGCCGUUCGUCGAGUACUUCCGCAGCUUCGUGCUGGCGCUCAUGAGGGACGAGCGGAACCCCAAGGUCAAGCGCGAAAGGGAGGAGGGCGAGGCGAUGGAGUUCUAACGGAUCGGCUCCCCCCCUUGUCUACGGCGCUUCCCUCCUCUUACCAGGGUGAGCAGCGACAAAGUCUUUUGAGUAAUAGUAGAUCGGAGACUACGGGCUAUAAAUAAACUAGGGGUGUUCUAUAAUACGUACGUACGGCAUUGGGCGCGGAGUUUAGGAAGGGGAG